CAAAUCUCUACAAGCUUCAAGCUUUAAAUUCUUGGUGCUGACCCUGAUUUCUUCCGAUACUAGUUCCCCCCACCCGUUUCUCGACUACUCAGAAACAAGCAUCUCCGGCAAUGUCCCACGCGGUCAGCGUAGCGCCCCUCCACGGUCGCAGCGUGGAGGUGGAGCUGGGCGCCCCCGGUGACCAUGUUCAGAGCCGCACAGAGGCAGAGCCACCCAAGCCACUCGUUGACGACGACGGCCGGCCGAUGCGCACGGGCACUCUGUGGACGGCCAGCGCGCACAUCAUCACGGCGGUCAUCGGCUCCGGCGUGCUGUCGCUCGCGUGGGGCGUCGCGCAGCUGGGGUGGGCGGCAGGCCCCGCCGUGAUGGCGCUCUUCGCCGCCGUCAUCUACUACACCUCCACCCUCCUCGCCGAGUGCUACCGCUCCGGCGACCCUAUGUUCGGCCCCCGCAAUCGCACCUACAUCGACGCUGUCCGCGCCACGCUGGGCGAGUCCAAGGAGAGGCUCUGCGGCGCCAUCCAGCUCUCCAACCUCUUCGGCAUCGGCAUCGGCGUCUCCAUCGCCGCCUCCGUGAGCAUGCAGGCGAUAAGGAGGGCGGGCUGCUUCCACUACAAAGGGCACGACGACCCGUGCCACGCCUCAGCCAGUCCGUACAUCGCCAUCUUCGGCGUCAUGCAAAUCGUUUUCUCGCAGAUCCCCGACCUGGACAAGGUCUGGUGGCUCUCCGUCGUCGCUGCCAUCAUGUCCUUCUCCUACUCCACCAUUGGCGUCUCCCUUGGUGUUGCGGAGAUCGCAGCAAACGGAAGACUAAGGGGCAGCCUCGCCGGGGUCAUCGGCGCCGGCGCCAGGGUGACAUUGAUGCAAAAGGUCUGGCGCAGCCUGCAGGCCUUCGGGAACAUUGCGUUCGCUUACGGUUUCUCCAUCAUUCUGCUCGAGAUCCAGGAUACGAUAAAGUUACCGCCGCCAUCGGAGGCAAAGGUGAUGAAGAAGGCGACGGCAGUGAGCGUGGUGGUGACCACUGUGAUCUACCUGCUGUGCGGGUGCGUGGGGUACGCGGCGUUCGGCAGAACGGCCCCCGACAACAUGCUCACCGGCUUCGGCUUCUAUGAGCCCUUCUGGCUGCUGGACGUGGCGAACGCUUUCGUCGUGGUGCACCUGGUGGGGACCUACCAGGUCAUGACCCAGCCAGUCUUCGCCUACGUCGAGCGCCGGGCUGCCGCCGCGUGGCCCGGCAGCGCGCUGGUCCGCGAGAGGGACGUCAGGGUGGGCCGAACCAUGGCGUUCUCCGUGAGCCCGAUCCGACUGGCGUGGCGCACGGCAUAUGUGUGCGUGACCACAGCGGUGGCCAUGCUGCUGCCCUUCUUCGGCUCCGUGGUGGGAUUCAUCGGGGCAGUCUCCUUCUGGCCGCUCACAGUGUACUUCCCCGUGGAGAUGUACAUCGCGCAGCGCAGGGUGCCACGGAGGAGCACGCGGUGGCUACUCCUACAUGCGCUCAGCGCCGGGUGCCUCGUCGUGUCGAUCGCUGCCGCGGCUGGGUCAAUCGCCGGCGUCGUGGAAGAGCUCAAGGCGCACAACCCGUUCUGCUGGUCGUGCUGACCGAACCAACUCCGUCUCCUAAGGCUCUAUGAGCGACCUGAAUUCCCAUCGCGAUAAAUAGUAUAUAUGUUGUAGCUUUCUUCUCGAUGGGAUUAUUGUAUCCGAACUACAAGCAGGAAGAUUCUCGUUUGCAAAUCGCAGAGACAGUGCUGCAUGAAGGGAAACGAGUAGUCUAUUGUAACUA